CCCGCCACGCGCUUCCGGGCCAAUGGGAAGCUGGUCUGCUCUGCCGCGGCCACGCGCCUGCCCUGAAUGGCCGCUGCGCGCGCGUCAGGAAAUCUCCUGACUUGGACAAAGGCAGGAAGAAAAACCCCGUGCUUUUUGUGUAGCUGCAUCAGCGUUGUCUGUCUGCGUACAACAUUGACAGUACACAUCAUUGCUGUAACCAACAAACAGGAAUCAUAACAUCCAGAGCAUCUUCUCUAGAAAGAUACACUCACUUUGGAUUAUUGUCCUCACAGUCUAAGAGAUUGAUUUUUGUGAAAAAAGAUUUUAUUUUUUGUGUCCAUAGGAAACAAAAAGGACUCACAGAACAAUCAGAAGCUUAUACAGCUUGACAACUCUUGGGCUUUUAUUAAUAAACAUCCCCAUGCGAACUGUAUUUUUCAUUUUAUAACUUCAUCAGAUACAGUGAGUUAAUAGUGAGAUAUUUUGUCUUGUGAUGGCACUCUUUUCUCAAACUAGUCAGCAGGGUUUUCAGGCUUUGCUAUGGAAAUGUCACAUGUUCUGGCCUGUUUCAAGAUGCAGACAACUGUUUGCUGCCUCUUUCAGCAUCCCUACUAGGGAAAAAAUUAAUUAUUUCAGUUUUAUGACAUCUUCCAGCACUGCAUUACCGGUGGACCCCAAAGAAACUGAUGUCUUGCCUACCAAGAAAAGGUCUGAAAUUGAUUGCAGAGAAGGAAAAGAAUGGGAUGAGGAGUCUAAAGAAAUACCUGAAGGGAAAUUCCACUUUUCUUCAGUUGGAGCUGCAAAGAAAUGGUCAAUGAAUCGUAUUCAGUCAAGGCAUAAGUUUAGCAAUGUACAACCUCCAGAAAAACCUUUGCAGGCUGAGGAAUGGAGCAAACUAAGGGAAGAUUUCCAAUUUCCUGAAAUAUUUGAAGAGGUGAUGCUGAACAGUAUGAUCAAGUGCAACAGCCCCAUUGAUGUGGCCAAGUCCUUGCUGACCCACCUGGCAAAGCGUAAUGGUGACGUUGCAUACAAUGUGUUGGUCAAAUACCUGACACUGUGUGUCCAGCAGGGACAGGUUUCAGAAAUCCGUGAUGUGUAUGACAUUAUGAAAGUCAGGUUUAAGAUUUUAGAAAGUGGGGCUUACAACCUACUAAUCAAGGGGUUGAGCAAUUCAGAUCAAUGGAGAAUGGCCUUGACUCUUCUGGAAGAAGUAAAAAAGAUUAUGAUUCCCUCACGGACAUGCUAUGAAUCUUGUAUCAAAGCAGCCAGCUGUCACCAAGAAAUGAAACUCGCCUUUGAACUGUACAGUGAAAUGUUGGCUAAAGGUGUGGUCCCAACCUUGGAUGUCCUGCAGUCAUUUUUUUACUUCAGCAGGGGUAUGAAAGAUGCUGAGUUACAAAAAGAGCUCUUUGGUAUCCUCUUAUAUUUGAGAGAGAACCAAAUAUACCCUCACAAAACAUUUAUGCGGAAUAUAAAGCUAUGGUUUGAAAGUAUACCGGGAGGGAACUGGAAAGGACGCCUGACCAAAAUUAAAGACAGUGGACAAUGCCCAGUUUGCAGCCAUCAGCUGGAGGAAAGUAACCUCACUGAAGAGGAGUACAGUAAUCUCAGCGAGAGAAUAAUAAGGGACGUGAUACAUGGAACUGACACUUUUAGAAAGACAAGUCCAAAGGAAUUUGAGGCCUUUCAAGCAUUUGUGGAAAGUCGACUUCCGUUUGAUAUUGUUAUUGAUGGACUCAAUGUUUCCCACAUAAAAUCCAAAAAGAUGCAGUGUGAAAAUCUGUUUGAUGCUGUCAACUGCCUGGCAAAAGAGAAUGCCCGGUUGCUUGUGCUGGGUCGCAAACAUAUGCUGACGAACUCUUCAAACUGGAAAAGGGAAAUUAUGAAGGAGAUGCAGAAUAAGGCAGACUUCUUCUUUGCUGAAAAUAUCUCUGAAGAUGAUGCCUUCUUGUUAUACGCCACUCUCCGAUCAGGCAAGCAUUGCAAGUUUGUUACUAGAGACUUCCUCCGGGAUCACAAGGCUUGUCUCUCUGACAGUCUGACUCGUCACCUGUUCCGUAAGUGGCAGCGUGGGCACCAGAUAGUGGUCUUCCCUUCUGCAGAAGGAAAGAGUAUGAAUUUUUUGCCUGCUUUGCGUUAUGACUGUGUGGUACAGACUACAGGUGAUACAUGGCAUAUUCCCUAUAAAGAUGUUUUUGAGGAAAAAUUCUCAUUUCAAGUACCAAAAAAAUGGCUCUGCAUUCAGCAGAAGUGAUGAAGAAUAUAAUUGGACAAGCUGAAGCUGCCUUGUUUUUGUAAUCACUGUUGCUGGCUAGGAAAACUCAGCAGAACAAUAAUGGGAUUAAAUGUGUGAGGUGUGUAACUAAAGAUAAUUGAGUGACUGCUUUUGUCAAAAUCGUUCCUGCCUAUAUGUGUUAACAUCAGUGGUAGUCCAGUGGGGGUGAAUUAGGUCCAUUAUUUCCAUUUUUACAGGCAAUUUUUAUGAUUUGAACUAAAACUUGAUUUUUCUGUUGGAAUUACAGUUUGGGCAUUUUUAUCUUUUUUUCUCAAGCUUUUCAUCUACACUGGAAUGUGUAAACUCUGUACAUUGAAGAAAUCAAGCAAGACUUGCAAAGUACCUUGAGAAUUUGUGGUGCUGAUCUUGCAAGAGUAUUACACAAUGCCUUCCUCUAUUCAGUGGAGCUGAGAGGGACAAAUGGUGCAUUUACCAUUCACCAAACACAUGCAGACCUAAGACUUCCUCACUUUAAUUAGAAUUUAUUUGAUCACAUAGAAUGCAAGAGAUUGGUUAGAAGAACAUAUAGCAGUCAUUUGUUUUAAAGAAUAAGGAAACAACCAGUGGAAUGUUUUGUGCCUCCUUCACACUCCUAAAUUUGCCAUUUCUGACAGGAUUUGGCAUCACUGCAAUAGUUCGCUGAUGGAAAUGCAUGGAUUUUUUAAAUGAAAAUGGAUAGCUAGAAAUUCUUAAAGACAAUAAUAGGACAAAAUUGAUUCUUGUACAUUUCUAUAAAAUCUAUCCCAAGUUAUAAAACAAAAAAAAAUUAGUAUAAAUUGCUAUUUUUUAUAUCCAGGAAAAGUGUUCUAAGUUAUUUGUAAGUGUGUGUGUGGAAAAUGUGUUUGUUUAUUGCACUUAAUAGUUUAAUGCAAACCUUUCUCCCCCACAAAACAUUGAAAUGUCACGUAAUCUCAGAUGAAAUACCCUGGGCUUGUCAAAUUUGUCUCAUACAAAAAUCUUCAGUUUGCAACUGAGAUGAAACAUGAAGAUCUUUUUGUACAGAACUUGCAUUUCUGAGUUCUUGCAGGGCCCCAUGACAAGCUCCCUCAGGAUUCAGCAUUCAAGAUGUUCCCUGCUAUUUUUUUUCCAGGACAGUCCUGGUGUGAUUUGAAUACAGUCAUGUCCUUGAGGUACUGUGCAGAAAGUGUAGAGGAACUGGAUGCCUCUUAAGGUAACAUAAAACCUUGGCUUUAAAUUCAUCAUAUUGUUGGUAGUGUUCAUCACAGACCCUUUUCCUGACAGAACAUGGCAGCAGGGAAAGCAGAGAGAUUGGAUCUACUUCUCUCAUUUCUCAAUACUUGUAAUUUGUCAGAAAAUUGCUUUUAUAAUUCUGUAAGUCAGAGAACUGCCACGUCUCCUUAAAAGUGGGAAUACUGCUUUUAAAUUAGGUGUCUGCUCCUACGCAGGUCUGCUUAGUUAGCAGCUGCUGCUGUACGAGGCUCCUGCACCCUCUGUGUGAAGUUCUGCACAGCAUAAGCUGGUGUGAACCAGUGCUGUUACAGUCCUCCCUUGGUACUAGCUCUGAUAGUCAUGCAGCCCAAAGGAAUGCAUAGCUAUGUCUUAAAAUUUCGCUAGGUCAGAAUUGUUGCGGGAGUGGGGUACAAAUGUCAGGCUGCAGAAGGUGGGUCCCUGCAGCAGCUCUGCCUUAGAUCAGCCCUAGCUGAGCAGAAACUGCACCUUCAGGGUACCCAUGUCAUUGCCAGACAUGUUCAUCUGUUGAAGUUUGUGUUUUACUUCACCCUGGUCAUUAACAGGUAUGCAUAAUAUUCACAUAUAACUGUAAUAAAUGCAUUCUCUACUUUCUUUUUGCUCAGGA